CAAGGUUGAAGACUAACUUCCUUCAAUACAAAAUUAAAUUGCUGCUGGUGACUAACUAAUACUGAAAGCUACAGUUUUUGAACAGAUCUUGUUCUGGUCCAAUGCAGACUCCUCGUUUAAUAAUCUACUUAAGCUUGGGCGACUUUCUGAUGAAUGAUGUCAUUGAAUAUUUUUGACCAUAGUAAGGAAAGCAGUAAACAGUGGGAAGUGAAACAAUAGGAUACAGUGGGCUAAAAGCUGCUGGAGCUAUUACAUAUGGCUGAAUGUGAGCUUAUUCUGAUCAGACAUAACUUUGAAAGCCCACAAAAUGGCAAAAUUAUUUCUUCUUGUGGUUCUGGGAAUCUUUCUGGAGUCCAGGAAAGUUUUCAGCCAUCAGCAUACCUUGCCACGUGUGUACCUCACAUCUGAAGAUUUGAAGGCCACUCAUACAUCACAGUUUUAUAGUCUAUCCUUGAAACCUUUGGAUUACAGAAUCUUGCUAAUGGAUGAAGAUCAAGAUCGCUUAUAUGUGGGCUGCAAAAAUCACAUUCUGUCUCUCAAUGUAAACAGCAUCAACCAGAAUCCUCUUGCUGUUCACUGGCCAGCUUCGAGUAAUAAAGUGGAUGAAUGCAAAAUGGCUGGCAAGGAUCCAAAUAAUGGUUGUGGUAACUUUGUUCGUGUCAUUCAAGUUUAUAAUCGAACUCAUCUAUUUGUUUGUGGGAGUGGUGCAUUUAGCCCCAUCUGCACCUAUAUCAACAGAGGCCGCCGAUCGGAGGAUCAAAAGUUUAUAAUUGAAUCAAAGAAUGAAUCUGGAAAGGGCCGCUGCUCAUUUAACCCUCAGGUUAACACAGUCUCCUUUAUGAUCAAUGAAGAAUUGUUUUCAGGAAUGUACAUAGACUUCAUGGGUACUGAUGCAGCAAUAUUUCGCAGUGUAACAAAGAGAAAUGGUAUAAGGACAGACCAGCACAACUCCAAGUGGUUAAGUGAGCCUGUGUUUGUGGAUGCCCAGAUCAUUCCUGAUGGCACAGACCCAAAUGAUGCAAAAUUGUACUUUUUUCUUCGGGAGAAGGUGAUAGAUGAUAAUGGUAACACCAAGCAAAUUCACUCCAGGAUUGCCAGGAUAUGCCCCAAUGAUAUAGGAGGUCAACGCAGUCUUGUUAACAAAUGGACAACAUUCUUGAAGGCCCGUUUAGUGUGCUCAGUGAUAGACGAUGAUGGCACUGAAACUCAUUUUGAUGAAUUGCAGGAUGUAUUUUUAUUAGAAACAGAAAAUCCCAAAAACCUCCUUGUCUACGGACUGUUCACCUCUUCAAGCUCAAUAUUUAAAGGUUCAGCUGUAUGUGUUUAUAACAUGCUUGACAUUCACACUGUAUUCAAUGGACCAUUUGCUCACAAGGAAGGACCAAAUCAUCAAUAUGCUCCAUACCAAGGCAGGAUUCCAUAUCCAAGGCCUGGCACAUGCCCUGGAGGAGCAUUUACACCAAACACGUUGUCAACGAAGGAUUUUCCAGAUGAAGUGGUUACAUUUAUCCGGAAUCAUCCCAUGAUGUAUAACGCUAUUUAUCCAAUCAGUAAGCAGCCUCUGAUUGUAAGGAUUAACACUGAUUACAAAUACACCAAGAUUGUGGUGGACCGGGUGAGGGCUGCAGAUGGAAGGUACCAUGUCCUCUUCCUUGGCACAGAUAAGGGAACUAUCCAGAAAAUUGUUGUUCUGCCUAAAAAUGCAUCGGCUAAUGAAGAGCUUAUCUUGGAAGAAAUGGAAGUUUUUGAGAAUCAAUCAGCCAUCACAACGAUGAAAAUUUCAUCCAAAAAGCAACAGCUAUAUGUGAGCUCAGAUGAAGGUAUUACCCAGGUGUCUUUUCAUCGUUGCCAUGUCUAUGGUACAGCAUGUGCUGACUGCUGCUUGGCCAGAGACCCAUACUGUGCUUGGGAUGGCAAAUCCUGCUCCAGGUUCUAUCUAACUGGCAAAAGGAGAAGCCGUAGGCAGGACGUGAGACAUGGCAACCCGUUGACACAGUGCAGGGGCUUUAAUCUCAAAGCAUACAGAAAUGCAGUGGAGUCUGUGCAAUAUGGAGUGAAAAACAACACGGCCUUCCUUGAAUGCACACCAAAGUCACCCCAAGCUUCAGUUAAAUGGUUGAUGCAAAAAUCAAAUGACAGAAGAAAGGAGGUAAAGCAAGAUGACAGAAUUCUAGUAACUGAGCACGGCCUACUGAUUCGUUCUGUACAAGACAUGGACCAAGGGUUUUAUCACUGCAUCGCCACGGAGAACAACUUUAAAAGCACAGUGAUGAAGAUCAAGCUGAAGGUUGUGGAUAUGGACUUAGUUUCACCCAUAAUCAAUAAAGGGACAUCCUGGUCUUGGGGGGCUGCUCACGGCCUGAAUGGUUUGCAACUCCUUCGCAAGGACCUGGUAGGACUAUUCAGUUACUCAGAAAUGCAAGCGAUCAAUAAGUACUGUAAGGAGAGUUGGCAUCAGCAGAGACAGACUGAGAAGGGACAAUCAAUUAGAAUAGAUCACCCGAAACUAAAGGCACUUAUUGAUAGAAGAAAAAGUCGAAAUAGAAGAAACCAGUUGCCUGGUACUUAAAGAACUGCCUUAAGUAAUAAUUCUUUGAUGGUAUGAAACUAUUUAAUAUAAAGUGUACAGAAUACAUCUGUAGUCAUUUUGUUCAUUUUUUACCUUUCCAAAGUACAGCUAAAUUCUUAAGUAACGUCUGAGCAUGCUGUGAUAAACAGAGCAUUUGUUGCUGUAAUUUGUGCUAUCUUAUGCCUUUCUCAUAUGUAAAGUCCAGAUAUGUAUUUAGAUUUAAUUCCUGUCUAUUUGUAAUAACUCGUGAGGAGGCAGUUUUCUAUUGAUCUGUUUUUAAAAGUAACCAGGUUCAAAAGUAUGCUUUCAUUCUGUAACUUAAAGCUGUUGUAGCUCUUUGGUUUUACUCCACUUAUAUUUAGCUUCUAAGCCAAGGCCAAUGAAUUCUGCAAGCUCAUCUGAUGUUAAUGAACUAGGUGACCAAAGCAUCCAGUUCAUUCAUGAGCAAAUGUUGAAUUAAGUGUGGUGUGGUACUACUUCAGUCCUAAUGACCUGUGACUUCCUAAUAUAGGGAGGGUCUGGAAGGUCAAAGGAAUAAUUGGACAUACACUUUAGUGUUAUGUAUAAUGCUGUAAUAUAUGAGGGUAAUGCCAUUUAAGUGCCCAAAAAUUACUUAGCUCUUAAGAAUCCAAUUGUGUAAAUACCCAUUAAACGUACUGCAAUAUAUUGGAAAGAUAAGCUGUUGAACUGUAGAAGGAGACAGGAAAAAAUGUUACCCGGAAAAUUUCAAGCUACUCUACAACUGAAAUAAAGUUGGGAAAUAUUGGAAAUACACAACAUACCAGUCAACAUUUGCAAGGAAAUUAUGAUUAACAUUUUGUGUGGAUGCUCUUCCUCCAAUUCUAAUGAAGGAUUUUUUCCAAAACAUUAGCCCCCUUUUAAUCUUCCAACCAUCAAUUGUUUUGCUAUGUAUUUGUAGCAUUUUCUGUUUCUAUAUCAGAUGUUUAGAAUUUAUGCUUUGUAUUUUGCAUUGUCAUUGAUUCAUGUUAAGAUGCAGAGAAUGAAAAUCAUCAAUGUCCCUACAAUCGACAAUGAAAAUUGGACAAUAUUGGGUCGUUUAAAAAAAACAAAUCUUCACUAGGUAAACAGUAGAUUCACAGCCAAGCCUCUCUAAGUGACCCAAAUACACAUUGAAUCUCGAAGCACAUUGACUAAUGUUGCUGAACACAUCCCUCUAAGCCAUUCGUAACCACAAAUGCCAUAAAUAUUGUCUCCAUCAUUCCUACUAGAAAUUAAACCUGCAAAAUGUAAAGAUGAAUGUGUUCUAAGUCUUUAUUGUAAAUGAAAUGUUUUAAGAUAUUAUUUGCUAUGUUUAAAUGUUAUUCAGUAUUUUUAAGUGUUAUUUGGUAUGUUGUUAUAUUUAGAUUAAGUAUGAAAACUCACGAAUUUAAACAUUUCUCUUUUGUUUGCCAAUAUAUACUGCAAGUUAAAUUGACCAGGAAGGAGAUCAAAUAUUAGUGUACAUUUUUUAUGAAAGUUAAAUUGUUGUCAGAGUAUCGGCAAAUUAAACAAACAGAGAACUUGAUGUUCCUAAAAAUGGCAAUUAAUGUGUAGGUGAAGUAUAGAUUAAACACUUCUGCUGAACUAAUUUAUGUAAAGCAAACAUGACACAAUGUACUUUCAUGGUGUUGAUAAUAAACCUUCCAAGACGCGUU